AUGAAUAAUACCGGUGUAUUUAUUAUAUCUGCACUUCGUAGUCCUAUUGGUCGUAUGUCUGGUUGUCUAUCCGGUUUAUCAGCGCAUCAAUUAGGCGGUCAAGUCAUCAAUUCUGUAUUGGACAAAGCUGUAGAAGGAUCAAAUGAUCCAAAAGAAUUAAGAAAUUAUAUUAUAGAACACUUGGAAGAAGUUAUACUUGGUCAGGUGUUGACAACAGCCACAGGGCAGAAUCCAGCUAGGCAAGCAGCUAUAUUGGCAGGAAUUCCUUAUAGUGUACCAGCUUGGGGUGUAAAUAUGGUGUGUGGUUCAGGAUUAAAAUCUGUUUGCUUAGCCUUCGAUCGAUUACACCUUUCUUCUCCCACAGAAGGUGGCUGGAUACUAGCUGGUGGACAAGAGUCAAUGAGUCAGGCGCCACAUGCAACUCCGCCUAGAGCAUGUCUACGUCGUGUAGGUGGUCAAAAUACUUCAGAACUUCCAAAUUAUGGAAAUUUCACUCUGUUAGAUACAAUAAUGAAUGAUGCUUUAACAGAUGCAUUUUGUUAUCUUCCUAUGGGUGCAACUGCAGAAAUUGUCGCCAAAAGAUAUGGAAUUAGCCGAGAAGAACAAGAUCUGUUCGCUUUGAGAUCACAGGAGAAGUAUGCAGCUGCUUUCAAAGCUGGUCAUUUCGUUAAUGAAAUAACACCAAUUAAUGUUCCAGGUAUAGGUAAAGAAGAAUCAAAAAUUGUAUCCACUGAUGAACAUCCAAGACCUGAUACUACUUUAGCAAAAUUAUCAAAAUUACGACCAGCAUUUCAAGGGGAUUCAAAUGGUGGGACAGUUACAGCGGGUAAUACCAGUGGAGUUAAUGAUGGUGCAGCAGUAGUAUUACUUUGUCGUGGUGAUCAAUUAUCAAAGCUGGGUGAUCGCCGUCCACUUGCACGUAUUAUUGGUUGGCACCAAGCUGGUCUAGAGCCAGAAUUAAUGGGUCUUGGUCCUAUCUUUGCUAUUCGAGGAUUAUUAUCUAAGAUUGGUUGGAAGAUUGAAACUGUUGAUGUCUUCGAAAUUAAUGAAGCAUUUGCUUCUCAGUGCAUUGCUAUUGCUACUGAGUUAUGUAUAUUACCAGAGAAAUUGAAUGUCUCCGGUGGUGCAAUCGCUUUAGGCCAUCCAGUUGGAUGCAGUGGAGCACGUAUCCUAGUCACACUAGCGCAUACACUACAACGUAUUGGUAAACAGCAGCAGCAACAACAACAACAUAGUGGUGGUGAUGAAUCUCCUGUUCGACGUGGUGUAGCUGCUUUAUGUAUAGGUGGUGGUAUGGGUAUUGCAGUUGCCAUAGAAACAUGCAACUAG